AUGGAUGCCUCCGACUCUUUUGAAUCAGAGCGGUACCCUGUCAGGCGUCAGCUCCUCAAUCCUGGUAUGACUGGCCCCCGCCGGUCACCUCAGCUUGCACACAAUCGCAACACCGUCGGCUACAUGCACCAUGCGGGCUAUAUACUUCCUGCUCCACGCUACGACCACCGCUCGCCAUUCAUGAACUCCUUCGGCACACACACCGGCCAUGAGGCCGAUUUCUUGGACGGCGACGAACCACAUCCGCACGAGUUCCCGCUCGAUCCAUACCAUCGUGAUAUCAGUGGUGAAGAAUUGGUGGGUAGGGACAUUGAGUCUUCAGAUGGUAAUCAGAGGCUUGUCGCCGGGAUACUUCGCAUCGGAGGCGACAAAUCCGUCCAUGACGCUUUGCUCGUCCUUGAUAGCGCCCAAGGCCACCCCGUCGACGACUGGAGACAGUUCUACCUCAAAAACUCGCAUGUCAUCAAUGCUCUCCUUGACGGCAGUGUUUCGCGCGUCCGCGGCUCAGAGGGCCUGGUGUCUGUCUCGACGUCUGACAAGAUCUUGUCUGUGCGCGGUUCAUCUAAGGAUGCGACAAGCACGAGGGGAUUCCCGGGACAAGGUCGUGACGAACGUAUGGCAGUCUCGCGCUCGACCCACACAACCGGCGGUGGCACGAUGCAAGACGGUGUUGAGGACGAGGACGAUGAGGAUCAAGCACAAGGCUCAGGUUUUAGAAGGCAGAUCACGGAUCUGGAGCUCGACGCUCUUGCCGAUUGGGUGUAUGAGCAUGGUGCCCGUAAUUGGGAAGGGUUCCGGGAAUUGCACAAGGGAAAGAUUUCUACCCGGUCCGCACGCGCCUGGGACAGGAUGUACCAGCGAUGGUAUGAGCGAGAGAUACGGUCGCGGAUUGAGAAGAAGCGUGUAGCGCGGAGUGUGUAG